UUAACAAGCAGAUCGCAAGUUAAGAAUUACGAUUUAAAAGUGGUAAACAUACAGACAAACAUAUAUAUAGGGCGUCUGGCGUUUUCUAACAAUGCAAAUCAUUUUUCAUGAAAACUGCGCGUACGUGUGUAAAUCGAAUUUUUGAAUGAAGUGACAUUGAUGUGAUUUUGCGCAACGGUAACGCAUAAAUCGCACCCGCUGCUGUCAAGUAAUGUGUAACUAACUAAACUCACUUACUUAGACGAACGAGCACACUUCACAGCACUUCUGCAAAUACGCUUAUGAGCGAAGGUAGCGUAGAAAAACGAGCGCGUCAAUAAAGUGUUAAAUCGUUUAAGUACUGUUUAUAUUGGCGUGGCACGUGUUUUCCCCGCUUUAGUACCUUGUGCACAUGAAUGUGUGAUGUUGCCGACGACAACAUUUCGCCGCCGCAAUGGCUACGAGGAUCUGGACAAGUGCAAUCAAUCAUUAGAGGAAUAUCUGCCGAACGUCCUUGUGCGCGCCGAGGGUCAAACAGCAUGGGCAGCGACGCCAACCCAGUUGGGUCAACAAAAGCAGCAAACUAAUCGUAUUUUCUCAAUCUCAGAUACGGCAUUAAAUGUAACACCACCGAAAAAUUCCAACACGCCGGCAGCACCUUUAAGCAGCCUGUCCCAACAGCAAUCAACGUCGCACGCUUCACACAAUCAAUCUACGCUCAGUCUCAAUAAUGGCAUUAGCCUUGGCUCCAUCGUGUUGUUGCCCGGUCCCUCACGUACGCAAAGUUAUGCCAACCUGAACCAUGAGUUCUAUGCUGCUAGUAUGUAUGGUAGUGGUGCCGCCAAAAAGUGCGGCAACUCCUAUAUGCGCAAGGAAAAUUUGCGUUUACUUUGCUUCGCACUCUUUUAUUGUGUGUACUUAGCAAUCGGUAGUGUUUGCUUUCAAAUUGCCGAAACGCCGAUGGAGGAGUCAUUGCGUAGCACUGUGCGUCAACAACGCACCGAAUUCCUGCUGAAGUAUCCACAAAUAUUGGAUGAAGACCUCGAGGAGUUUCUCAAAGCCGUGAUAACAGCCAACGAUCGAGGCAUAUCACCGUUACGCAAUGCAACAAAUGAAAUGAACUGGAGCUUUGGUCAGGCAUUCUUCUUCUCAAGCACCGUGAUAACAACAAUCGGAUACGGCCAUGUAACGCCACUUAGCCAAACGGGGAAAAUAUUCUGCAUAAUUUAUGCGGCCAUUGGUAUACCACUCACGUUGGUGCUAUUGAGUGCGAUGGUGGAGCGGCUGUUGGUCCCGGCCAGCUGGUUGUUGGGCACUUUGAAUUCGAAAUUGGGUCAUCUCUAUCAGCCCUUCAAUAUACGACUUUUGCAUCUAAGCAUUGUGGCUACGCUUGUUAUCGUCUUAUUCUUUGGCAUACCAACCGCAGUUUUUGCUUAUAUUGAACCCGCCUGGGGUGCUUUGGACGCUUUCUACUAUUGUUUCAUCUCAUUGACAACUAUUGGGUUGGGUGAUUAUAUACCUGGCGAGGGUGUGACCAUUGGCAAUCGUUCCAUGUACAAAAUAUUCAUAAGCGGUUAUUUGAUUUGUGGUCUCAUUGCAAUGAUGUUUGUGCUGACGAUCUUCUAUGAUAUACCGCAACUCAAUCUAGGUCAACUGUUUACUGAAAGCACAAAUGGUGAAACGGAAAAGUUGCGCCUAUCCGGCAACAAUACCACAUGCUAUUCUGGCCCAUCAGGUCUGUAUAUGCCACAGCGUGAUGAGGAUACUAGGCGUGCCGUAGUUCGCAUACGUCCACACGGCGACGAUUCACCCAGUCCCGAUGAAGCACCAUCUUCGCUCAAUAGCGACAUAAGAGUCCCAUAAGCAUAGACUAGGAGCGGCAUUUGCCGGAUGAAUUGACGGUGAAGAUGGCGUUGUUGGAGCAACUACUGCGUACAUGUACGUAUAUAUCGUUGGCAAAACACUUGGCAUAUCCUAGAAACAACAUAAAAUAAUCCAAAACCGUACUCGUAUCAUGCACUCAAGUAACCACUCUACAAAAGUACAUAUAUAUGUACAUAUGUAUGCAGUUUUAAGGUAAAUAAGGGAGUAUUUAGCACAUGCCCGUUACCAAGCAUAUGCCAGCGGGCCGGUUACAAACAUUCUAUCAAUUGCCACUUUAAUUAAUUCUUUUUUUAUUUAAACAAAUGAAGCAUAAACAAAGACAAAUCUUUUGAAUGUACAAAACGAACAGCAUACAAUACAAAAAAUACCUAUUUAAAUUGCUCUACUCAAAAACUAUACUAUUUUAAGCAUUAAGUAAAAAAAAAACAUAGAAAAACUAUCAACUUCUUGGCAAAUGUCAUGAAACAUUGUAGAAAUACUGUAAAGCUAUCAUAAAAAAACAAAGUGUUGAAUGUUGCAAUUCUAGGGGGUAAUGUAAGGUGCAAUUAGUUGCAGGUCUACUUAUUUCUAACGGUAGUUGGUAGUUGUGGAAAAUUAUAAA